CCUGCUCAAAGAUGUCUGGACGUGGCAAGGGAGGAAAGGUGCGUGCCAAGGCUCGGUCCCGGUCGGUCCGCGCUGGAUUGCAGUUUCCCGUGGGUCGGAUUCACCGGUUGCUGCGGAAGGGAAACUACGGUGAACGCGUCGGAUCGGGUGCCCCGGUGUAUCUCGCUGCGGUGAUGGAAUACCUGGCGGCGGAAAUUCUCGAACUCGCCGGAAAUGCCGCCCGGGACAACAAGAAGACGCGAAUCAUCCCGCGCCAUCUGCUGUUGGCCAUCCGGAACGACGAGGAGCUGAACAAGUUGCUGUCCCACGUGACCAUCGCCCAGGGAGGAGUACUGCCGAACAUUCAGGCGGUGCUGUUGCCGAAGAAAACGGAGAAGAAGGCGCCUGUGGCAACCUCUGAGUAGAGCGAGAGAGAGAGAGGAGUCCAAUCAACGCAAACAAACCGUCCUUUUCAGGACGACUAAAAUAUUCACGAAAGAGUACUCUUGAUUAUCCUAGCUGGAAUAACAUUUGUAAAUGGUGUAUGGAUGGUUCAGAUUUGAAACUAUUCUUGAAAAGUUCGGAAACUACUUAAUUAAUUAAUUAAUUACUUAAUUAAUUAAAUUUAAACCUGUGCCAGCCAGUAAAACAAAUCGUGCUUAGAAAAUAUGGUAAUGACACGAAAUGUUCCGGAGCAUUCCGUGUCCAUCACAUCCCAAAAAUUAUUUUGCCCAAGAUUUUCA